UUGCAGAGGUUGAGAGGACACUAAGACACUGAUGUCUGCCUAUUGGCUAUCUACUGCAGCUGGUCCUCUAGCUGUGGGUGGAUCUACUGAGGUGGAAGAACUGUAGGCCCGCUGCUUUGCAUAUGGCAUCCUGAUUACAGAGAGCAGAGUGUGAAACGUAUGAGACACAUUCAAUCAUUUGGAGAAGCUCACAGAAACACACUUGACUACGUCUUACAGCCUCAACCUCCGACGAGAGCGACAUCAAGCCCCUCCUGACGAUGGCACUUUGGGCGCGGACGGCGUUCCUUCUUGUCAACGAAAUAACAUCGGCGGUGAGAGGGAAGGUGGAGAGGGAGCUGUCUCCAGAGUGCAGAGAAUUCCUCUACAUGGCAACAACGCCGACUGGACUGGAGCACGACUCCCUCCGGUUCAUUUGUCAACGUUACAACAAGAAGCCACGCUACGUGACGCUGUACAGUACCGUGGACCAUAUACCGGUCUACUCUGCCUACACCUUCAAACGCUCAGAAGGGGAGAAAUGCGUGGAUGUCCCAUGGAUGUAUGAACCCCAGUUAUCAACAGUGUCCGACACGGAUGAGAUGCAGCCUUUCCCACGUGGUUACAUGCACAUGAAUUUUGAAGAUACCCAAGCUGUCCUGGAUGAUUACACGGACGCCGUCCUUUACGAGCGCGGCACCCUCAACCCAGACGAGCAUCAGGACGACCCUGAUGACAAGGCCUCCACCUACACCCUGACCAAUGUCGUGCCCAUGGUGCCCGACUUCAGCAACAGAGUCUGGAACAAGCAGGAGCACGUCAUCCGCAAGCGGCUCAACAACUACUGCCGCGGAACAGCUUUCAUCGUCACGGGCAUCACCACCUCAGGGAAGAUGAUCCGCCGGGAGAACAUGAACCGCAUCGCAGUGCCCACGUACCUGUGGUCGGCUUAUUGCUGCGUCGACUACGACCACAACACACCUUACAACGAGCGCUUUAAGUUCCCAUCUUACGCUCACUACGGCCUCAACGAGGAGGAGAACAACGAGGUGGUGGAAAUCUCUGUCCCCAAGCUGAAGGAGUUCCUCAAGAAGACAACCUACGUAGAACAAAACUUUCAGAUCUUUGUAGGUGACUGUGUCCCAGCAGCCUCCAGUAAAACAGAAUAGGCAAAUGUUUCGGUGUGAAACAGCGAUGGGCCAUUUUGCCUCAACUUGCUUAGUCAUGUGUUGUUUCUGCUCCUUUAAUAAACCAUUUUUCAAAGCGACCCAGUCGCUAGGAUAAAUGCUGGCAAUGCUUGUUUCUGCAAACCAUGUAUAUGUUAAAACUUAACAUUUUGUAUGUUCAAUUUUCACUUUGAUCUUGUGACACGGUUGAGGUUAGACCAGAUAGCCAUUCUGGUCGCAGCAAACACAGCAGGGGGUGUGCCCAGGUCUUGUUACAAACACCGGUUUUGUCGCCACAGACAUGGAUGGGAAUCUCGACGUCUCCUUAAAAAAUAUCUAGUUAUAUCACGCUUACAAAUGUUGAAAUGCCCCGGUCGCUCGUCACUGAUAUUGAAGGAUUUCACACUUACAAAUGUUGAAACGCAGUCUUGAACUGUGGACACCAGCUGGACAGUGUGUAACUCCACCCCCUGUCCCCUCCGCCUCAUGACAUGACAGUCGUAAACAUGCAACGUGAACACGAUACGACAGGCUUUGCGGAAAUGUUAAUUUGGUUCACUGCCCAUGACACGAACACACGUGCGCGGAUGUGUGGUCUGCAGAAACAUUUACUGCCAAUUACUACUACUACUGCCAACAUUUUAUUCUGGGGACCGAGCUGUUCAUAGUAAGUUCAACUCAAGUGUCAGAGUGCUCACGUUAACGAGAAUCAGAAGAAUCAGAGAAUCGGAACUGGAAUGUAGAGGAACUAAACUGAAAUCAGAGCUCAAAUGAUUUGUUAAUUACACCUGUGCUAUGUCCAAAUGUCUUCUGUAACAGGGUCCGUGCCUGUUGCGAAAAGCUCAAUUAAGUCACUGAAAACAUGGACUUCAGAAUUAAUAGCAAUACACACUGAAACUAAUAUAGCUUAAGAGCUACAUUAAAA